UCCGAUCAUUUUAUCUGAAUCUGUUGUAGCCGUCGCCGCAGCGCUACUGCACGUAGUGGGGAAUUAAAACGUCGCUCGUACAACCUAUAGAGACGAUCGCAAUAUCAGGUUUUUAGUCUUGAGUGGAAUGUGCGAUGUGAUCCCUGUGUUGUUGAAGUUGAUCGAAAGAACGAAACAAAGACGCGCGCCUCAUAAGUGAUACGCCUACCUGAUGUGAACCAUAUCGUAACAGAACUCAUAUAAGUGCAGAGAUGAUAAUAGUUCAUCUAUUAUCAUCACUAUACAGAGGGAAUACGUAAAUUGCGGAUCAAUAGUGCUAUUGCUGAAUAGCGGUCAACUUGCGAGGAGUGGCAAAAGCAGUACGCUUGAGAAAGAAAGAGAAAAGUGAAGAUGUGGUUGAAAUCAUGUUCGAUUUUCGUAUGUCUUUUGGUGUUGACGUGCGCUCAGAAGACAUGUGAUCAGGUGAACACGACAUGCAGUUGCCACAUGGUCAGUUUGGGGGGUCUAAGCACAAAACUGGAUUUGUCAUGUCCCUCCGACCGACAGGAUCACGCGCUAUUUACCUACCUGGAUCAGAAGGUCGAGGUCAUCUGCAAACAGACGACCUUUUCCGAGGACGGCUUCAAGCUGGUUCCGAUCCAUCCACGACCUACGCUCAAUUUCCUUCCGAAUCUCAACGAGACCUAUCUGAAGUCGUACAAGAUUCGCGAAUGCCCAUUGACCGAUGAUUCUUUUGAUACAGUUUGGCAUCCGAUGGGCGUCGAUAAUCUAGAGGCGUUGGUCAUCGAGAAUACGGCAUUCCCCAAGAACAAACUUGAAGAUUACUACUUCCACGCCAUCAGCAAUCACCUGGUGAAUCUAUCACUUCUCGGCGUGCAAUUGGAAGAGAUCGACAAAGAGGUAUUCGCCCUGAUGAAGAACCUGGAAACGCUCGACAUCAAUCAAAAUCGUCUAACCAUAUCCGAACACCAGUUUUCGCAUUUAACAAACUUGCUGGAUCUUCGAUUACACAAUAAUUUAAUUGAGUUUAUACCGAGUACAGCUUUCAAAGGCUUGAAGAAAUUGGUUGUGCUCCAUCUGUGGUCUAACCUGAUAACAAGUUUGAACCCAGAUACCUUCUCCGACUUAAUCAGCGUCAAUUCUCUAGAAUUAUCCGACAACAAACUGGAGUAUUUACCCGAGGAUAUUUUCGCGAAUAUGAAGCUCCUGCGCUUACUCAACUUGGGACGCAACGAUAUUUCGAAAAUUCCACCCCGACUGUUCGCAAACAAUCGUUUCUUGGAAAAAGUCAGAAUUGAAAACAUGAAGGGCAUUACCUCGCUUCCAGAUGGUUUCUUCUCCAACUACACCUACUUGGAGGAAGUGAAAUUGAUGAAUUGUUCUCUCAAUAAUUUAAGCGAAGAUUUGUUCAGAAAUUCGCACGCUCUGAGGAUAAUUCACCUGCAGUAUAACGAUAUAGACAGUCUACCUACGUUCAUCUUCGAGGGGUUGAAAAAUGUUGUAGAAUUGAAGUUGAACGGAAAUAAAAUUAAGGAACUGAGCGGGAAUUUGUUCAAGGAUUUGGUGAAUCUGGAGAUUCUGAAUUUAGGCGAAAAUAGGAUCAAGAUUGUGCCUGCCAAUAUGCUCACAGGUUGCAAACACCUGAUCGAGCUUCAUCUCAACAACAACGAUAUCGAUAGUCUUGCAUUGAACACGUUGUAUGGCUUGGAUGAACUGACGACGAUCAAUUUAUCCUUCAAUAAUAUUGAUUUCGAA